AUGGAAGCUUGUUUUUUCCAAAUCUCGGUAAAGAUUUCGAAUAGAUAAUGCUAUUAGAGAAUUGCUUCUGAUAAAAUUAUGUAGAUUACGGACUAUUUGUGAUUUAGGAUAAUGGAUUAGGGAGUGAAAAUAUAUCCAUCAUCAGGCAAAGUUUAUUAAUUAAAAAUAUGGCGGUUGUUUCGUUAAUGAACCAAUCUAGGUAUAGGCGUCCAGUUAGUCGACCUGACCGGAUGAAUGAUAUUGAUGGAGACCUUUGGUUGUUCCAGUCUCAAGAUUCGGCAAAAGGAGCACCACAUGCUUCAUUAGAUGAAGACGAUAAUGAAUCAGAAAUAUUAGUGUAUUUACAAACAUGUUGUGGCGACAAAACCGAUCAACCACAUCUUUGCAAACUACAGACUUGUGAGAGGAUUACAAUAAACGUUAGCGGUAUGUAUUAUGAAAUUUGGGCUUCCGUUCUGAAUAGACACCCGACAACAUUGUUGGGUAGUCCAAGAAAACGAUUAAAAUUCUUUGACAAGAGACGAAAUGAGUAUUUCUUUGACAGGCAUAGACCAACUUUCGAAUCAAUUUUUAACUAUUAUCAAUAUGGUGGGAAAAUAAUGAGGCCAGAUCCUGUUCCAGAUGAUAUAUUCUUACGUGAGCUCGAUUUUUAUGAAAUUGAAAGAGAAGCAAUUGAUGAAUACAAAACGGAAGAAGGUUAUACCACCGAGAAGACCAUACUUCCUACUCGCAUGUGGCAAAGAAAACUGUGGAUGUUGAUGGAAUAUCCUGAAACAAGUAUUUCUGCAUAUGUGAUAGCUCUUGUCUCUGUUUUUAUUACAAUGUUUGCCAUUGUUUUAUUUUGCAUUGAAACACUACCAAGUCUUUCUAAAAAUGAGUGCAAAGACGGAAAACCCAAUUACGUUGCACCUUUUUUCAUUUUGGAAACUAUUUGUAACAUCUGGUUCACUUGGGAAGUCUUCCUCAGACUAAUUUCUUGCCCCAAUAGGAUUACGUAUUUCAAAGACUUUAAAAACAUAGUAGAUAUUGCUGCGAUUGUACCUUACUAUGUUCAGUUAGGUAAUAUGAUAUCUACCGAAAAUUGCGUUAAUGGAGAAACUUCUGGGGCAUCGCUAGCCUUUUUGAGAGUGUUCCGAUUAAUACGGAUAUUUAAAUUAACAAAACAUUCUGCUGGCUUGCAAGUUUUAAUUUUAACAUUCAAAGCCAGCAUCAAAGGUCUUUUGUUGUUUCUUAUAGCAAUGUUUGUGUGUAUACUGUUGUUUUCAAGUGCAAUAUUCUAUGCAGAACAUGGAUUAAAGGAUUCUCAAAUACACAGCAUUCCAGAUGGAUUUUGGUGGGCAGUAAUAACAAUGUGUACUGUUGGAUACGGUGACAAAGUACCUGUUGGGCCUCUUGGAAAGGUAAUCGGCAGUAUUUGUGCGAUCACCGGUGUCUUGACGUUGGCCAUUCCAGUUCCAAUUAUCACUGAAAAUUUUAACAAAUUCUAUGCACAUAAAACUGGCAGGGGUCGUAUAUAGUGAAUGUUUAA